AUGUCUACAAUUGGCAGCAAUAGUUCUUCCCCUCGUCGCCUAACCUUCUUCACUCCUCCCGAAUCCCCCCAAUCCCCCAGAACCUCACAAUCAAGCACUCGACGGGCCUCCAAAGUCAUAACUUCGAGCCCACGAAAAAGAGUUUCCUUCCCCGUCUUACCACAAAGAAUGGAAAUACCAAGAGAUCAGACCUCAUGGCGACAGAGAAUAGCCAUCAUACCAACUUUAUGGUCUGAAUUCAUUACCGCGGUUCACCAUCGCAUUUCCGUGAGAAGACUCAUCAAGGUGAUUAUUCUUAUCUACGCAACUGCCCUUAUUGUCCGCGUCAUUGAUAUUCGUGUCUCCUUGGGGAAAAGUCCUGGGUACGAAAGAGAAAAUGAAUAUACCCACGGCGGAGAGCAAGACUUUCUGCAGGAAGGAGAAGAUGAAAAUGUUUACGAGAGAGAGCAAGACUUUCGGCGCGAAAAGAAACAAUUCACACACGGACAUGAUAAUCACGACGGUUUUCACAUUCCACAACAACUCGAGCCCUACGAGUUAGUCAGUCCAUUAAAUGAUCUCGCAAAUCUGGAUAUCAGUCCUCAGCUUCAUGUCUUGAAAGAUGCAUAUAUCGAUUCACGAUAUGGACUUAGCAGACUAAGAGAGGGUCUGCCAGAACUGUCAAAAAAUUCUCCAGCACUAAGCACCAAGAUUCGAAAAGUUCGAGAACAGGCAUGGACAAUCUCCGAAGCUAUUGAGGGGUUUUCAAAGUUCAUAGAUGUUUAUAUAGGUACCUUCCAGCGAGAAACAGAUCAUCUCAGGGAAGAACUCGCCAAAGUGAAGCCUGGAGAUGAACGUGCCGAUCUAAAUCUAGAAGAUUGUAGAAAAGUGGGCACAAUUUGGAUCAGUCACUACAAACGAUUAAAGCUAAGGAUGAGAAAUAUAUGGAGGAUGAAAGAUGUAUUUUCGAACAUUGUCGACUCGGCCGUUAGAGAUAGGAAAGAUCUUGAAAAGGCAUUUAGGAAAGCCGAGUCCGGUAUGACCAAAGAAGCAAAAAAGUGGGAAUGGGAUAAUUAUGAUUUUCCCUCCGCGUACCAAUUCUUUGAACGAUUUAGUCGAGGUAGAACUAAAGACAAAAAUUGGGGGGGCUAUGAUGAAACGAUGAGAGAGUUGAUCAUAUACAUAGAUAUAUCACUCAAGGAUGCCAAUGGACAAACCGAAACUUUGAUGGCAAAGUUCCAGCAGGUUUUAAGCGUUGAUGAGAAUGAAGCAGAUGUGGGUUCGAUCAAUGUUCCGACGAUUUUCAAUCAAUUGGAGGCGCUGAAUCUUACCUUUGAGAAAUAUAAGCGGGUCAAAGUCCUGAUUGAACGCGUGAAAGAGAAGUCGAUGAAGGAAUUGGGAAGAAGACCUCAUGAUUCGAAAGAAAGGAACAGAUAUUAUAACUAUGUUGCUAGUCAACAGAAAGAGCGUCUUGAUAAGCACAUCAUCACCCUGAGGGACAGGAAAAAGGAAGAGUUUUUGCAGGAGUUGGAAGAAAGAAGAGUCAAGCAGAGUCAGAAGGGGGGAUAA